UUAUGACCUGAUAAACAACAAGGGGCAACUGAUUUAUUCACGGAAACUUGAAUGAAGGAGUGAAUGUCGUGCUAAUGAAAAGUAGAAGCCCGCUGUGGUGAGGAACGGAUUUAAAUUUUCCGGAGCCUUUGCAAUGCCGAAUGGUGGACCAGGGUCUACAAGUUCUUCGAGCCGCCGACCAUCGCUAAGGCCGCCAAGCCCAGGGACGGACCCAGUAGUCUCUCAGACCCAAUCCCGACGAGGCUCUAGAGUACUCUUUGAUACCAAAACUCCACCAUCAAUUCUCAGAUGGGAACUUUUAAACCGCGUUUUGACACUGUCUUUAAAGGGAGACUGGCCUGCCGUGGAUCAACAUCUCAACAGCCUGGAACGAAACAACAUGGAAAUAUCGUCGACUGAGAUCGAAGACAACGGCUUAACGCCAUUAAUGCUGGCUGCCCGUGACAACAAGUAUAACAUUGUGGAAAAGCUUCUUGAACUAGGCGCCGUAGUUACAGACAGGGACAAGGGGGGUCGCUCAGCUCUACAUUAUGCAGCAUGUUCUGGCUCUGAUGGUAUUGUUAAACUUCUUCUCUCCAAGAAAUCGGAUCCGACACUUCCAGCCGGGCCAGAGGAUCAACUGCCCCUGCACAUGGCUUGCAGCCGACCUUCUGGAGCUCUGGAGAUUGUUAAAACUCUACUUAAGGCCUCUGGAAAGGAUGCCAAACUCCUCCUUGAUAAGAGCGGGUCAAUCCCAGUGUACCUCGCGAUCAUGGCAGGAAAUCAACAGGUAGUAAAAGAGUUACUCAGUUCCCAAGCUGAACAGCAAGUGAAGAUUGCCAGAGGGAUUAACGGAGACACGUUGUUGCAUGCUGCUGUGCGCAAGAGGGAGAUUGAUAUCGCAAAGAUUCUUGUCGAAUAUGGGUGUCCUGUGGACGUCCAAAACUCCGACGGCCAGACAGCUCUUCACAUCGCUGCCUACGAAGGAGACGAAACAAUGAUCAAGUUUCUCCAAACAGCUCGUGCUGAUGCAAACAUCGCUGAUUCACACGACCGCACACCACUUCACCUGGCGGCUCAACGAGGUCACUCAGGGGUCGCCGAGUUCUUAGUGGAUAAAUUAAAAGCCAAUGUAAAUUUGAGAACUAAGGAUGGCAGUACACUGAUGCAUAUAGCAGCUCAAGCGGGACAUCCCGACACUGCGUUGGUGUUUCUGAAAAAGGGCGUGCCCCUCCACAUGCCUAACAAGGACGGUGCAGUCUGUCUUCACGCGGCAGCGAGGAAAGGUCAUGUGGCAGUCGUCAGAGCUCUGUUGUCAAAGGGCGCCUCCGUGGACACGAAAACCAAAGAUCAGUACACAGCUUUGCAUAUUGCGGUGAAGUACUGCAAACCGCAGGUUGUCCAAAUCUUACUGGGAUACGGGGCCAACGUUCAGCACAGAGGAGGCAAGGCCGAAGAGACACCAUUGCAUAUCGCAGCGCGGACCAAAGAUGGCGAGAAAGUAGCAGAGAUGCUGAUCAAGAGUGGAGCGGAUGUCAAUGCACCGAGUGACAAUGGAGAAACAGCGGUACAUGUGGCCGCAAGAUUUGGAAACUUAAAAAUAUUAAGGCUGCUUAUCAACGAAAAAGCUGAUGCUGCGAGGAGAGCGAAGAAUGGCGAAUCGGCCCUCCAUCACGCCAUCCGGGCAGGACAUCACUUGGUGCUGGAAGAAUUGAUUCGAGUCUUAUUCCAAAUGAAGUCCAAGGCUGUAGCAAAACUUGUUAUCAAUAUGCCAACUGAUAGAGGCAGUUANGAGACUCCUCUGCAUUACACGGCUCAGUUAUACAAAGCCAAAGUCAAAGGGAACGCUGACAUAGUGAUCGUUAAAUUGCUUCUUGAACACGGUGCCGAUUGCACAGCAGUCACGCAUCAGUCCAUGGAGACUCCAAUCCACGAAUGCGCACGCUCAGGAAAUAACGAUAUAUUGAUUGCUCUGUUAGAGUCCAUUCCUCCUUCCAAGCUUCAAGUCACGGUCAACAAAAGAUCAUCGAGUGGUUCCUCUCCUCUGCUUGUUGCUUCAUACAAAGGAAACGUGGAAGUUGUGCGUACGUUGCUGAAGUACCAUGCCAGAGUAGAUGUGUUCGAUGAGUCGGGACGAGCUGCUUUACACAUCUGCGCAGAACGAGGUCAUCUUGAAGUGGCGAAAGAAUUGCUGGAACACAAAGCUUAUGUGAAUGCGAAAAGCAAGGUGGGACUCACUCCACUUCACCUGGCGGCAGAGAGCGGUCAUAAAGAGUUAGUCGGUCUUCUGGUCGCUACUUACAAAGCUAGUGUGGACGCUUUGACGCUGGAAAAGAAGACAGCUCUUCAUUUGGCUGCAGAAAAGGGCAGAUUACAAGUCUGUGAACAUCUUUUGGAAUUAAGAGCCGACAUUAGCGCGUUAGACAACAAAGGUCAAACGCCUCUUCACUACGCUGCUCAAAAUGACCAUUCACAAGUGGUUACGCUGUUCUUAAAUCACAAACCUGGAGUCAUGAUGCAACAGAACGCGGAGGGAAGCACCUGUGUGCACAUUGCUGCAAUGAAGGGCAGUGUGUCUGUGAUAAAGGAGCUUUUGAAAUUUAAUCCGUCAGGAAUCACAACGGCUAGAAACAAGCGUAAAUUUGCGACACCCUUGUUGCUUGCGGCCAGCGGUGGUCAUAAAGUUGUUGUAGAAGUGUUGAUAGAUCAUGGAGCUUCGGCAAGUGAUGAGGAUGCGGAUGGGAUGACAGUUCUUCAUCUUGCAGCAAGGUUUGGUCACGUGGACGUCUUAGAGGUAUUGCGCGGGAAGGUUCCUUGGAGCAUGGCAAGCGUCAGGACCGGCUUGUCCGCCCUUCACGUAGCUGCCCAGUAUGGACAGAUUGAAGUAGUCAGGGAAAUGCUGCUGAAAGUUUCCGGUACCAUCAAAAGCGAGUCUCCUGCAAUGAUGAACAAUGUUGACAAAGGACCGCGCUCUGAUUACUGUUUCACCCCACUCCAUUUGGCGGCACAAUCUGGUCACGUGGGUGUUGUGCGAAUACUGCUGAACUCGCCUGGGGUGCGAGUGGACACAGCUACAGCUCUACAUGGCUCCAUUCCUCUUCACUUGGCGGCGGAGAAUGGCCACUCUGAGGUUGUCAGUAUUCUCUUAAGCAAGUCAACCCUACAGCUGCACGUUAAGGACAAACUUGGCCGAACGGCCAUGCAUUUGGCUGCCGCCAAUGGACAUCGGGAACUGAUCUCUCAGCUUAUUGGACAAGGAGCCGAUAUCAACGCGCCGGAUGAGAAUGGUUACGCACCAAUGCAUAUGGCAGCUGAAGCUGGCCACGUUGAAGUCGUCAAACUUCUGGUGGAGUCUGGGGCGUCACCAAGAGCGGAAUCUCAAGAUGGCAAAUUCCCCAUAUGUUACGCUGCCAUGCACGGCCACCUGGCUGUUGUGAAGUUUUUGCUGCAAGAGGAACUCAGCACUGAGACUUUGCUUGGAGACCGAAAGUUCUUGUUUGAUCUGAUGGUCUGUUCACACCUGGACGAAAACGAAUCAGUCAUCGACUUCAUUCUGCAGUGCCCCGCACCUAUUUACGCCGCAGCGAAACUCUCAAAGCACUACCGCAACGAGUCCACGAGGGAAAAAGAGCGCGGACGCGACCUGUUGGCGGCGGGAGAUGUCUGUGAGAACAUAGCGUCCGAGUUGCUUUCUCUCGCAUGCGCAGAUAGCGCCGAGAUACUGCUGACCGCUGUUGACGACCGGGAAGUGCCGUUCCUGGAUUAUCUCAUUGAAUGCGAGCAGAAGAAAUGUGUGUCGCAUCCAUCUGUUCAGGUUUACCUUGGCGACGUGUGGCGUGGAGAUUUUCAAUGGGAUGAUUGGAAGUAUUUGUUAUUGUUUACGCUAUGCCUGAUGUGUCCACCGCUUUGGGCGUUUCUUUGCAUUCCCUGGAACGACAGUUAUCAUAAGAUACCAAUCAUAAAGUUUAUUUGUCAUUUGAUCUCGCAUUUCUACCUUAUCGUACUAUUUUGUUUCACUGUUGUGGUGCCCUGGACGGAUUUAACCGAUGACAUAUUGAUGCCAAGGUGGUAUGAGUGGCUAUUACUGAUCUGGUUGUCAGGGUUAUUUUUAUCCCAGCUCACGGAUCCCCACGAUCGCGCCGGACUGGGUUGGAUACCGAUCAUUGUGCUCUUUUUGAGUUUAAUUGGCAUUUUUCUACAUUUAGCGGCGGUCGGUGUCCAAGGUUCAUACAGUAGUGACGUAAUAUACGCUCGAAAUCAGUUCUUUGCGAUAUCAAUGAUGCUUUGCUUUGCACAACUCCUGGAUUUCCUCUCGUUUCAUCAUUUGUUCGGUCCGUGGGGGGUAAUCAUCCGGGAUCUCAUGUACGACUUGGUGCGUUUUCUUGUUAUUUUAUCAAUCUUCAUGGUUGGAUUUACCGCGCACUUAGCGGCCGUCUAUCGGCCCAGAGCACCCACUGAAGGUGGGCUUGGACUACAGAGCACACCGAAAAGUUUUUUCCAUUGCUUCGAGCUACUUUUCUUCAGUUUGUUCGGAUUGACAGAGGUCAGUAGAUUAAGAAUUAACGAGGAAGGUGAAAAGGAGAGCCCCGCAGAGAGCACCGUGUUUGUGUUGGCCAAAGCGACGUUCGGAAUCUACAACUUGAUUACAAUUAUCGUUCUUAUUAAUCUGCUCAUAGCCAUGAUGAGCGACACUUACCAACGAAUUCAAAUGCAGUCUGAUAUGGAGUGGAAAUUUGGCCGCGCUAAGCUGAUUCGCAACAUGAAGCGGUCUACGACUACGCCUUCUCCACUGAAUCUUGUGACAAAACUCUUCUCUUACAUUCGCGUACUUUACAAAGCAAAAUUCAAAUGUUGCCGAGCAGACAUCAUUGAUAUUCUUCGCACCGACGAACAACUUCCCGAAAGUAAUUCAAUGAACCCGUUAUACGAAACUUCCAACUCGUGGCUUCCAAACGGAAGUAUUAAUCAUCGCGGAAGCACAUGCAGAACUGCUAGAAUCGAGGAGGUCAUAGACUGGAAGGCCCUCGUGAAAAAGUUUACAUCUCUUCGGGGAAAUACUAGCGAUCUUGUGGGCGGUGGCCAAGUCAAUCGCGAUAAGUUAGCGUCGCCACGUGAGUCGCACGUGAACAUGAGAGCGAGAACCGAAUCCAGACAGGGUCGGCGGCCUGGCACUGGAAUGGGUUCUACGAUGUCUCUUCAUCGAGUUGUCGCUGCCACGGUGAGAAAAAUUGACAUCGUGUCAAACAUUAAAGAUGCCAGUGAAGUAUGAUCGAUAGACACUUGAAUGAAGUGAAAAACGACUUUGUAAAGCAGAUAAGACUUCCUAUGAAUUUUACUGACUUUGGUGAGGACAAUGAAAGAUAACUGGAAUGUCUGUCAACCUCUAUCGUCAUGUCACGGUUAUCACUCUUAUUGUGUUCUCAAAGAAGCAGCUCGUCCUCUGUUUUUACCUGCCCUUCACCGCACUAAAUUGAAACAAUGUCCUUUUCUUUACGAAUAUGGUGAAGCAGAAUAUCUACAUUAUCCAAAUGCGCAGGUUCUAUCAUAUGCAUAGGCCUCAGACAUGUAGAAUACUUACUUAGUGCAGAGAGGACGUUAGAAGCCUACCCUGUAUUUAUGAAAGGGAAUGAUCAUAUGAUCACACUCUAUGACCCUGUUUUGGUUUUGCGAUAUCUUGCAUGAUGUUCUUGAAGCUAAAAGAAUAUGUAAAUCUCAACUGCACUCCUUCUUUGUCUACCCAGAUUUCUCGAUUAAACCUAUAUUUGUGAAUUUAAAUUUGUUUAAUUGCAUUCAGCUAUGUUAUGUUCACUGAAAAUACAAUGACGCACUAGCGCAAGGGUUAACUUGUUUCGAAUAAGAUACCGGUGUAGUUUGACUUUGUUCAUACCAACGUCGUUUCCAGGGAUGCUCUUCUUCUCGUCCGCUGGAGAGUGACCCUGGAAACGAGACAAACUCCUUCGCAGGGUCUAUCUUUCUCUAACCAUUCAGAGAUGGAAUUAAAAGAGAGCCUGCAAACGGGGUUGUGUUCUUAGUAAUAGAUCACUAAGGAAUUUGUUACCAACCAUCUGUUUAGUAUUUACUGGACCUCGUCAAAUAAAGCUUUAACUAUAAAGUUAAUCAUACAAAGGUUCAUUUUCUCUGCACCCAAGACGACAGGGUAGACUGAACA